AGCUGUUCCAUUUGGGGGAAUGACAGAUAUCUCAGUCUUGGAUCAAUGGAAAGCAAGUCUCUUUAUGGAGGAUUUCCUUGAGAAAAAAACAGUUACAGGAAUGGUGACCCAGAUUAAUUGUGAAUUUGAGGAAAUUGUUCCAAGUUCAAACCCAAACUCCCAAAUUGAAGUAGAGGAAGCCAGCUUAUACACCCAUAAGGACUACAGUGAAGUCUUUACAUGUGUCAACUGUUUAGAAAAAUGUCCAGGACUUCAAGCGCAGAACCAAGAUUUGUCCAUUGAUGAUGAAGAAAUAAUUUUUGUAAAUAAUUUGAUGGCCUAUAAAAGUCACCUACCAACUUUGCAUACUCUGUUGAGUAGGCUGAAACUAUUUUUGGUAAAGGAUCCCCUUUUAGAUUUCCAAGGCCAGAUCUUCACAGAAGCUAAUUUUUUCAGGGAAUGUUUCUCUUUUCAAAGAGAUUUGAAAGAUUUUAUGAAAGAAGAUUUUUACAUGGAUAAAGAGAACUUUUGUCAGGAGAAGCUAGAAGAUACACCAUCAAUUUUGGCUGAUUGUGAAUUCUUAGUAUCUACAAGCCUCAAGCAAGAAGUUGGUAUUCCAUCACUCUCAGAACUGAAGGAGUCAUUAAACUUAAUGCCAGAAGUAAUAAAUUAUGUAGACGAAAGUGGAAACCUUUUCGAAAGAGAGCUUAUUACCAAGCAUGGAAUUGACAUUGAAGAUAGAAAGUGCAGCUCCACAGAGAUUUUGGCCAUUCAAAGCCAGUCCGAACCAGAGCACAGUGAACCUGUGGAGUUAGAAAUGCCAUUAAGUCCUCUGCUCCUAACAAACCAAUGUUCUUCAGUGAGUUCGUUAUGUACAGGACUUCAGACAUUUCCAUUUUCUCCUGUUUGUAAAAAUAGUUUGCUUACUGCUGAAGAAUCAGCUAACAAAUACUGUAUGGUGCGGCAAUUAGAAAGCUACAGAAGCUCUUUGAAUCCAUUUUUGCUUUCAGUGCCAAGAACUGAAGAGCCCAACAGUCAAUAUUCAGCUACAGAUUUGAAAAAGAUACUUUCUAUUGAAGAAGAAAGCCUUGUGGUUAAUCCUGUCAGUGCAGAGUGGUGGAAACAAGCAGGACUAAAUCUGAUAGUGACAGAAACUUUGGAACAUCUGAAUACACACUUGUCUCAUGAUGAUCUAUCUUCUGAUGAUACUAAAAUGGAGAUAUUUUUGCCUACAAAAUUGCUUCAUUUAGAAUCACAGCUAGAAUAUGCAAGUUGUUCCUCACCUAUUGUACUUAUUAAAGAGAAAUCUGCAAAUGAUCAUUUAUCACUUCCACGAAAGAGUGCAUCUGUGGCAGACCUGUGUUUUUCUGAUGAAGAUAUCUCUGUUAAAAACCUAAUGAGAGAAGAAAUACCAAAGAAUGAUCUAGAACUAGUUCAUAGAAUAAUCCAAAAUGAAGAAAAUAAUGAUUGCUUGGAACUUGGCUGCACAGUACCAUCUAUUGAAUCAUCUUCCCCUUCAAAAAUGGAAAAAGCAUCUUUUAAAAAUGGUGAAAAACAGGAGAAUGAUUUGGACCUUCUGAGUGACUUUAUUAUGCUGAGAAAUAAAUAUAGGACUUGCACCUCAAGUACUGAAGUCACAGACAGUGAUGAAAAAAAUGAAUUUCGAGAUGAAGAACAUUCUUUGACUCUUCAAGAAGAAAGUCCUGUUGUUUGUACUAAUAAAACCCUAGAGAAAAUAAAUCAGGAAAGGAGAGCAGAUAAUGUCAUUGAAAUUCAAGCAUCAGAUAGCCAGUGCCAAGCGUACUGUCUCCUAGAAGCAGCAGCUACUCCUAUCUUUAAAAAACUUGCAUGCCUCUGUACGCUCCCUGUUGCUAAUUGGGAAUUUGCCACUGUUGUUUUUGACCAAACAAGGUUCCUCUUAAAGGAACAACAAAAAGUAAUAAGUGAUGCUAUUCACCAAGGUACAAAUGAUGAAAGAGAAAUGACAUUCAAGCAUGCUGCUCUCUUACACCUUCUGGUAACAAUUAGAGAUCUCCUUUUAACAUGCAGCUUGGACACCGCAUUGGGAUAUUUGUCAAAUGCAAAAGAUAUCUACAAAAGCAUUUUAGGCUCUUACUUGGAUGACAUUUGGAGACAGCUGGCAAUUGUACAGUUUAUUAGGGAAAAAAAUCCUGAAACAAACUACAAGAUACAAGAAUUGCAAUGUCAGAUACUAAAUUGGAUGCAAAGUGAACAGCAAAUUCAGGUGCUGAUUAUAAUAAGAAUGGACUCAGAUGGUGAAAAACAUUCACUCAUUAAAAUCCUUGACAAAAUGGAAGGUUUAACAUUGACUACCUUACAUUCAAACAGAAGAAAAGAUUUUCUGGAAUCCGAAGCUGUUUUAAAUGGUUUGAGUUCCUGUGUAGUUGUACAUAAUCAGUAUAUUGGAGCCGAUUUCCCCUGGAGUCGUUUCUCAUUUGUGGUGGAAUAUAAUUACGUAGAAAACUCUUGCUGGACCAAACACUGUGAAAAAUUGAAUAUUCCUUACAUGGCCUUUAAAGCGAUUCUUCCAGACACAGUUGUAAAGAGUAGCACCUUGCUGGAUAGAUUUGGUGGUUUUCUUUUGGAAAUUCAGAUUCCAUAUGUGUUUUUUGCAUCUGAAGGACUUCUUAAUGCUCCAGAGAUUCUUCAGGUGCUAGAAUCCAACUAUAAUAUCACACUAGUGGAGAGAUGCUGCAGUGAGGCAUUGAAACUCUUCGGGGGCACAGAGCGCUAUGUAGUGGUGACAAUUGAUGAACACACUGCUGUAAUUUUGCAGGACCUAGAAGAAUUGAAUUGUGAGAAGGCAUCAGACAAUGUAAUUACAAGACUGAUGGCAUUAUCAUUCCAGUACAGCUAUUGUUGGAUAAUUUUAUAUACCAAAGAAACGUUAAACUCAGAGUACCAUCUUACAGAAAAGACACUUCAUCACCUAGCACUGAUUUAUGCAGCUUUGGGUUCAUUUGGGCUAAAACCAGAAGAACUGGAUGUAAAGCUUAUAAUUGCCCCAGGAGUGGAAGAAACUGCAUUGAUAAUUCGACAAAUUGCUGACCACAAUUUAAUGACCUCGAAGAGAGAUCCUUAUGAAUGGUUGGAUAAAUCCUGGCUUGAAGUUUCACCAUCUAAGGAAGAAAUGUACUUACUUGAUUUUCCAUGUAUUAACCCAUUGGUGGCUCAGCUCAUGUUAAAUAAAGGACCUUCACUGGACUGGAUAUUAUUAGCAACUCUUGGUCAACUUCAGGAACUCCUACCUGAAGUUCCAGAAAAAGUGUUAAAGCAUUUUUGUGGCAUCACUUCCUUAUUCAAGAUUAAUUCUUCUUCUGUAAGAAAAUCACCUCAAAUUUCGUCACUUCAGGAAAAUGGGAAUCAGACUAGUACCUUUACUUCUCAGACUUCAGCUUCGGGCUCUUCAGGCUCUGUCAUUCAAGAACAUAACAAAUAUGACCAAUACUCAGACUUAGGAGAGACAGCGCACGACGACACAAACACCGCUUCAAAUGACAACUCUUCCCUUAUGGCACUGAGAGACAUGCCAUGUAUUUCACCACCUGUGGCUUCUUACAAUCAAACCAGCUACUGGAAAGACUCCAGUUGUAACCCUAACAUGGUGCAGAACAAUCCUUUCCUGAUUAAUAGAGAAUCAAGGAACGUGGCUGGAAACUCCUUUCUAAACCAGAAUGGCUCAGAGUCAGAUGUCUUUUCUUUGGGUCUAACACAAAUGAAUGGUGAAACCAUAAUAUCACCAAUUGACACUCAGAGGAGACUUACCUCUAAUUUUAUAAAUUAUCCAAAGAAGGGAACACAUGAAGCAAAAGGACGUAUAAAUAAAGAAGUGUCUGCCCCUCUCUUUUCACUAGAGGGCUCUCAAUCUCCUCUUCAUUGGAACUUUAAGGAAAAUGUCUGGGAACAACAGAAUCACUCGUUCAACUUACAAUAUGGUGCAGAGCGGACCACAUGUGGCAAAUGGUGCUCUCAGAAAGAUAAUUUAUUCACUAAUCAGCAAAGAUGUCUGUCGGAUGAGUUAGACAGCUUUAUACGUGAAAGUUCACAUACUGGGACUAAAAACACGUUCUGGAGAGAAUUACCAUCUGUCCCCAGUUUGGAUUCAUUUUGUGCUUCUGAUUCUAAUGUAAAUCCAAAAGAAUUCAACAGUCUUUAUUUCUACCAAAGAGCUGGAAAAUGUUUAGGACAGAAGAGGCACUUGGAAUCUUCAUCUGGCUCAGGAGACAAGAAAUCACUAACAGAUUUCAUGUGCUCACAACUACCACAGUUCAAAAAACGGCGUCUAGUGUACGAGAAAAUCCCUGGGAGGGCUGAUGGACAGACUCGGCUGAGGUUUUUUUAAGAGAGAGAGUGGUGCUACACGCCAUACUCCACUGUUUUUGGUGAUAACUCCAUAACAAAAUGAUUUAGAUUUGCCCAUACAUUAAAGAAAAUGUAAUUGUUCUUAAAUGUUCUCAGUGUUUCUAUAUUAAAUUUUCAUAAUAUAUAUUCUAUAGUUUGCAUCUUUGUAAGCAAAAUGUUCCAAUUAGCAUAAUAAUUGCAAUAAGAUCUAAAUAUCUCCUACAUUCACCUAAACAUCCCAAGCCGUUUUUUUUUUUUUUUAAGAAAUAGAAAACUUUAGUGUUUGUAUAUAAAAGGGUUAUUUAGUUUUCUUUGGAAGGUCAAGAUAUAUGAAUAGAUAUUUCACAGAAGAAACAAAAAUAGGCAAUAAACAUUUGAAGUAAUAGGCAGCUUCAUUAUUUAUUAGGCAAAUGUAAAUUAAAACAAAAAGUUACUGUUUUUUCACCUAUUGGAUGGACAAAAUUUUUGAAAAUUCAUAAUAUCCAGUGUCAGAAUAUCAGAGAAAAAGAACACUUUCCUAUAUUGUUGGUACAACAUUUUUGGAGGAUAGUUUGUGUAUUUUUAAAUGGAUGAUGGUAGGUUUCUAAUUAUUAUGGUAUUUGUAUUCCAUUUAAUUCAUUUAAAAGAAAGAUGUAAUCAUUUUAUUUUAAUAUGUCAGAAUUUCUAAUAAAAUUAUAUUCUUUGCUACUAUUCAAAGUUGUGAUGAAACUUUUGUAUGUCAACUCUAAAAUGGAGAUAAACAGGUUUUUUACUUUAUUUUAGGUGGUACACAAGCAGAAAUUUUUGAAGCCUACAGACAUACUCUCUCCUCUUCCUGGCUUCUGAAAUUUUCACCGUUACUACUGAAAUUGGCCUCUACCUUCUUAGAGCCAAAGGACAUUCAGACGUCGUCUUACUUGACCUCUCUUCAGCUCUAGAUACUGUUGAUCACUUUCUCCUUUUUUCAAACAGGCUUAACUUGACUUUACACGGCCUCUCCUACUUUCCUCUUUCUACUCUUCUCUUUCUAUGCUUUUAUUUCUAGGAUGUUUGCUUUUGCUUGGGUAUAUAGGGGGUGGAGACUUUAAAGAGAAACCAUUUCCGGAAAUCUAAUUAGAAUUUCUGUUCUACUUUCUUAAAGUUUUGGCAGGAUUGCUCCUAAACUAAGGUAAGGCUAAGGUCCCCCAGCUUGCAGAUCUGCUUUAUCCCAUCUUUAAUCAGCUUCCAGGGGAGAGGAGUUUCUUCACAGGCCAUAGAGCCUUCAGGCCAAGCUAUCAACACCCCUCUCUGCUCCCUCACCAAAUGGAGUGAAAGCGUCUGAGUCCUUCUGCCUGCAUUUCUCAAUGAUGCUUGCUGUUUAAAAAAAGACACAUUUUGCCUGGGCCUGGAGCAGCCUUUCAGAGGUAUUAUUGGGAGGUAAGUCUUGUGUUGGGAGCCCGGGAAAAGUGGAUAAAGUAGGUGAGCUGCGCUCCAGCAGAGCAUUUCCAGGGAGUGAUUACCACAUGACAGGUUGGACUGGUCCAUAGGAAAAGCCUAAAGGGUCUGGAUAGGCUCUUAUUAGGGAGCCAAAAAUGUCAGUCCAGCCUCCAAGAUCCUCUCCCAAACAUGUGUCACGUGGAAUUGUUUGGAACAGCCAACGUCCAAGAUUAGCUCUUGCAAUAGAAACUUCCAUUCUUUCUGUGAAAGCAUUUCCCUGUGAGGUUUUUCAUGUUCUAGGGGGAAUUAACUUGCCCUUAGAUCCAUUGCUGGUGACAGAGAUGCUCACCUUUGAGGGCUUUUGAGUGGCCGUACCCCAAGCUCCUAGGCCCACCCCAAACUGCAGGCCUCUCCAGAACAUCAGCUGACCCUUCCAAUUGUGAGUGGACCUGAGACCCUCCUUCCCUUGCCGCUGAGACUCAGUGUACAACUGGGGACAAACACCAGGGUGUCCCACCCCUUGCUUCUCACAGUCAGAGCCUUGUUAUUCUCCCCAGAUAAUAAGCCCCCCCCCCCCAAAAAAACAAGGACUCCAACAAUUUUAAUAGAUGGAGUAGCCUGGGUUGGAAGGCCUUUGGUUGCUGUAACAAUCCAAAAUGAGGUGUGGGGGAUCAGAUUGGCCACCUCAAAAUGUGUCUCUUUGGCUUGAUUAAUUUUAGGAACAAAAGACUCUGAAAGAAACUUUGAUCUCCCCCCACCACA